AUGCGAAGUGAUUCUGAUGAAGCAUGCAAUCCAUACCACGAUUUCAUUUUCUGCAGAUUAAAAAAGUCUGGAGUACAUCAACAAGUGAUACAGGAACGACCAUCUAGAAAGUCUCCAACCAAGAUGAUGGUGAUAGUACAGAACAUCAUAAGUAACACCGUCUCGGGUAGAUAA